AAAAACUUUAGUUAGUGCGAUCUUUGUAGAAACAAAAAAGCAAGUGAACCUUUCUAUUUUGAUAAACAAUAAUACGGAGUUUCUUUUUUGGUAGAAUAGUAAUAUGUCAAAAGAUUCCCUUGUUUUGGUAUGAAAAUGAAAUCACCCACUAUUCUUCUCUGCUUCUUCUUUCUCUUUUCUGUUUCUGCUCCACUGUUUGAAGCCUUUAACAAUGGCGAUGGAGAAUUCAUAUCCGAAGAAAAAGAAGAACCCCACAUCAAAAGAUCCGAUUUCCCACCCGGGUUUCUUUUUGGAGUUGCCACUUCUGCUUACCAAGUUGAAGGAGCUUAUCUCGAAGAUGCUAAGUCCUUAAGCAACUGGGAUGUAUAUUGUCAUUCUAUAGGCUGUGGAGAAAAUUCAGAGAAUGGAGAUAUUGCAGAUGAUCAUUAUCAUCUGUUCUUGAAAGACAUAGAGAUGAUGCAUUCCCUUGGUCUAAAAGCAUACAAAUUUUCGAUUUCAUGGGCUAGAAUUCUUCCAAGAGGAAGAUUCGGUGAAGUUAAUCCUGUAGGAAUCAUGUUCUACAACAAGAUUAUAGAUAACCUGAUCCUCAAAGGAAUCGAGCCAUUUGUGACACUUUUCCAUAACGAUUAUCCACAUGAAUUUGAAGAGAUAUACGGGUCCGGGUCUUGGCUAAACCCCGAAAUGCAGAAAGACUUUGUACAUUUGGCAGAAAUUUGUUUCAAGUUUUUUGGAGAUCGAGUGAAGUAUUGGAUCACGAUUAACGAACCUAAUGUGUUCAUAGAAUUGUCUUAUGAAUUCGGGUUAUUUCCACCUUCUCGUUGUUCAAAGCCUUUUGGAAAUUGCAAUGUUGGAAAUUCUGAUGUGGAACCUCUUAUUGCCAUGCAUAAUAUGUUGUUAGCUCAUGGAAAGGUAGCCAAGCUAUAUCAUGAAACUUUCAAGCCUAAACAAGGUGGAUCGAUAGGCCUCGUUGUGCACUGUUACAUGUACAAACCACUAACAGAUAGUGAGCUCGAUCAUGAAGCUGCCAAAAGGGUGUUUGCUUUCAAUGUUGGCUGGACACUUGAUCCUUCAAUAUAUGGAGACUACCCCGAAGAAAUGCACAAAUACCUUGGAAGUGAAUUACCAAGUUUCUCCCUUGAGGAAAAGAAGUUUAUGAAGAAUAGUAUUGAUUUUAUUGGCAUCAACCAUUACUCCACUAUAUAUGCUAAGGAUUGUAUCAACGCUAGUUGCACUCCAUUUGCAAAUCGUGCAAUCCGGGGUUUUGUGGACAUUGUUGGAGAGCGUGAUGGCAUAUUGAUUGGUGAACCUAUAGGUGUAGAAGGGAUAUUUGUUGUUCCUAAAGGCAUGGCGGAGAUUGUUAACCAUAUAAAGAUUCGGUACAAUAAUAAACCUAUGUUUAUUACUGAAAAUGGAUAUUCUUCACCCUAUGUGCAUGAGGAACGAAUUAAUGAGAUUCUCAAUGAUGUCAAACGAAUUGAAUUUCACUCAAAAUACCUUGCUUCAUUAGCCAAGUCCAUAAGAAGGGGAGCUGACGUACGCGGAUAUUUCCUAUGGUCAUUAAUGGAUAGUUUUGAAUGGAUGCAAGGCAACAUAGGAUCGCCGUGGAUCGAUGGAAGCAAUGUGUUCGCAUGCUUGGGCCGCGAACUACCGAGGAACUCCUGGUAUGACCCUCUCCCGCCCUUCUAUAUCCUCUCCUCCGUUCCUUUUAUGUGUGUGAGGUGUCAGACGCGUCCCUGCUGCGCCGGUGACCUUUUAGCCACCGUUCUUGCCUUUUUCCGACGACGACAGCCAGCCGAGAGGUGGCUGAAUAUGAGUAUAAUUGUGUAUGCAGGUCGUUCUCAGUAUUCGAUGGUUGUUUGCGAAACAGUUAGCCAAAAACCCCCGCUGCCACCACCACAAGGAAAAAAUGAAGAAAACUCAUCACCACCGCCUUAUGCCGCCAUUCCGCCGCCUUUAGCUACCAUCUCCGACGGUAGUGGGCUUUCGGGUGCGUUUAGAUUGAUGAUUGAAGUGCUUUUGGUGUUGCGUUGGCCCAAGAUCAUAACCACCACCACCGUGAGGUGGUGGCUGCCGCUGCGAGCCACCGCCGGCCACCAUGGUGUGGCUGUGUGUGUGUAUAUUUAG